GCAGAGAAGAAAGCCAAAGAUAGCGUCAAGAAGGGUACUGCUGCGAGCAAAACGAAAUCGAAGCCUCCGACAGUUGUAAAGGGCCAGACUGCAAUGGUGCCAUUGGCGCUCAUCGAGGACGACCACGCAGGGACCAAGUCAAACUUCAUUAGCCAUGUGAAGGCGGCAGCAGAAUACAUGGAGAAGGUCAACAAUAAACAUCCAGAGGUGAUUGCAGCGUUUAUCAACAUCGCGCACUACAUGGCUGUAUCAGGGCGUCCGAGCAUCUCCUUGCAUGCCAAGGCGGGGGCAGAGCCGAAGGUGUGCAAGGGGUGGUCGGCGCUGAAGAUCUUUUUCAAAGA